AUGCUUGUAUCUCAUAGACUAAUAUUUAUACUAAAUUUAUUAUUUAUAUCCCUUGUAUCUUCCAUUGAUAUAACAGUUCAAAGUACUGAUUCAGUAUGUUCUGCUGCAAAAAUAGUUGCAGAUGGUAUGUGGAAUUAUUAUGAAGGUUUUAAAUAUGGUGGAACUGUUGGUAUGUUUGCACCACCCAAUUAUUGGUGGAAUGCAGGUGAAGCAUUUGGAGGUUUAGUUGAUUAUUUUACAUUUUGUGAUCCAGAUAAUUCUACUUUAAAAGGUUGGAUUCACGAUGCAAUGUAUCAUCAAGCAGGUGAUAAAUAUGAUUAUAUUCCAGCUAAUCAAUCAAUGACUGAAGGUAAUGAUGAUCAAGGUGUUUGGGGUAUGGCUAUUAUGCAAGCAGUCGAAAGAAAUUUUACAAAUCCAGAUUCUCAUUCAUGGUUAGAAAUGACUCAAGCAGUAUUUAAUACUAUGAAUGCAAGAUGGGAUGAUGAACAUUGUGGUGGAGGUUUAAGAUGGCAAAUUUUCACAUGGAAUUCAGGUUAUAAUUAUAAAAAUUCAAUUUCAAAUGGUUGUUUAUUUCAUCUUGCUGCAAGAUUAGCAAGAUAUACAGGUAAUACAACAGUAUAUGUUGAAGCAGCAGAAAGAGUUUGGAAAUGGAUGGAUGAUGUUAAAUUUUUAACUGAAGAAGAUAAUGGUAAUUUUAGAGUUUAUGAUGGUGCAAAUAUUGAUGAAAAUUGUACUAAAGUUACAGAUUUAAGAUGGUCAUAUACUUAUGGAGUAUUUAUGAGUGGAUGUGCUUAUUUAUAUAAUAUAACUGGUGAUGAAAUUUGGAAAACUCGUACUGAAGAAAUUAUUGAAGCUUCAUUAUCAUAUUUUUUUAAUAAUCAAAUUAUGCAAGAAACUACUUGUCAACCUUCAAAUUUAUGUAAUAAUGAUCAAAGAUCUUUCCGUUCAUUAUUUGCUAGAUGUUUAGGUUUAACAAUGUUGAUAAUUCCAGAAUUUGAAGAUCAAAUUAGACCUUAUUUGGAAAAAAGUGCUGGAGGUGCAGCUCAAUCUUGUUCAGGUGGGUCCGAUGGUGUAACUUGUGGUGAAAAUUGGUCACAUUCUGGAUGGGAUGGUGUUUAUGGAUUAGGUGAACAAAUGUCAGCAUUAGAAACAAUAAUGUCAUUAGUUGUUAAACAUCCUUUAAGUGUUGAAACUGGUGGACAAAAUAGAAGUAAUUUUGCUGCUGGAUUGGAUUCAGAAGAUAGUGAAAAUAAAAAUAAAAUUGAUGUUACUUCAAAAGAUAGAGGAGGAGCUAUUGCUCUUACAGUUAUUGUUCUUGCAAUACUACUUGGAGGUCUGAUUUGGAUGUUAUUUUAA